GUCCAUCAUGGGUUGGGCGUGGCGACGGCGCGGAGUGGGGCCUGACUCAGGCCAAAUGGCUGGAAGCGGCUCCGGGACUGGGAGCUGGAGCGGCUGCAGUCAGAGGCAGGAGGACAAUGAUGGUUGGGCAGGUAUACAGACUUUGUGACGAUGAUUUGGGUGCUUGUGCAUCUGACCCAAUUUACAGCUGAUUGCACCUGUGUAUAGACACAGUUGCCAUGGAAACUGACAGCAAUGAAGAGACAGCUGGAACAAAGGCUUUGUCUGCAGGCCGUGGGGAACUUGCCAGAGGGAACCAGGCCCAGGGAGCAGCUGUGCGCGCACCAUCAGAGUGUACUGAUGCCACUGAUGCUGAACAGUCUUCUGGGAAGCUUAAGAAAACGGCAUUCAAACUGUUUGGAGGAAGGAAGAACAUUUGCACACUACCUAGCUUUUUCACAUUAAAGAACAAAGGGCAAGUAAAGGGACCCUCUAAGAAGGGAAUCAGCAAAAGCAAAACUCACAGUGGCAUAAGUGAAGUGGUAUUGGACAUCAACCAGAAAGAAGGAUCAGAUACUGGAUGGAGUGGAUUUACUGAUUCAUCUAGCUGGAAAUCUGCUGCAGCAAGAACCUUGUAUGGCUCUAAAAGUGAGCACUCGGCACUUGAUAGCAAUGUAAACUCUGAUUGCUAUAAAGGUGAAUCACUACAGUCAGAGAAUUCUGAAUGUUUGGCUCAGAAACGGAGCACAGACAAGACCUCAAGUGUGCGGAGGUCGAAGAAGGGACUGAGGGGCCUGUUUAGUAGUAUCAGGCGUCACAAAAAGAACAAAGCUGUUGAUUCUGCUAAAGGAGAUUCUUUGGACAGCAACCAUGCUGCUGCUGAUUUUGCACAUACGGAACAAAUGACAGCAGGAGAGGAGGGAGUGCGGGCUGAUGUUAAAAAGGGCUUGGUGGAGCUAAAUCUAAAGCCUUCCUGUAAAAUGAACCAUUCAGGGACUGGUGAUUCAAUAGAUAAAACUGGGACUGCAAAUAGGAUAAGUUUUUCAUCUGAAUCAUGUGCUAUUAAAACAGAAAAUACAUUGAAAAAUAAGAGAAGUGACUUUGAGACAUCUGGUGCGGAGGUAAGAAAAGUCAGCCCAGUUGAAAUUAAGACAUUAAAUGGGAAGGCAGGCGCUGCUAUUCUUAAAAUGGACACCAGUUUUGGUAGCAUGCCAGAUAUUAUAAAACCUAAUUGCAUAGACCACGAUCAUUGCAUUCACCAUCAUCCACCAUCAGUGCAUUCUUUUGAUCACAUCAGUUUGAUUUUUGGUGACGUGACCUCACUGAAGAGCUUUGAUUCCCUAACAGGCUGUGGGGACAUUACUGCUGACCAUGAUGAUGAUAGUAUUGCUGAAAGUACGGUGUCUGGUGAGAGGGGAAGAACAGCUGGGAAACGAACUUCGUGUUUAGUUACUUACCAGGGUGGUGGGGAAGAAAUGGCAACUCCGGAUGAGGUGGAUGAUGAAUACCUGAAAGCACUGUGGGAGAAAGCUACAGUCUACGACAGCAGUCAGAAUAUAGCAGAGGAUGGAGGUGAGUGCCCGAGAUCGCCCAGUGAGGUUGAGCACUCUGCCUUGCAUAUCAACCUGGCAGAUCCUUGUGUUCUGAGAGGGAUCACAGAUAGUGCAAUCAACAGCAGUGAACUGGUGACACCUCAGAGCGACCACCAGGAAUCGGCACCAAAUAGUGACGAAGGUUAUUACGACUCCACUACCCCAGGACAUGAUGAAGAAGGGGGAGAUAGCAUGAGCCAAAGCCAAAAUGAACGGCUUCCAAGGGAUAGCUAUAGUGGGGAUGCCUUGUAUGAACUCUUUGUUGAGCAGAAUGAUAGCCUCAUGAAUUCUCCUCCGAGUGACAAGCAGUCUUUAGAAACAAAGUCACCUUUGGGAACCUCAUUUACAUCCAUUUUAAAUUUCGCUGUGCCAGGGGAUAUAAAUGUUUCUUGUAUCCCAAGCAAACAAAGUAUUCUGCUUCCUUCAGGACAAGAGAAAUUUGAUUUUAUUCAGCAAGAAGAGAUCAGAUUAGCCCACUUGCAACAACUGACCUGUUGGGAACCAGGUGAAAAGACAGCACUUAAAAAAGGCUUGGCCUUUCGAGAAAAGGAAAUGUUCUUUGGUGAUGGGCACAAUGCUGAACUGAAUAACAUUGAUGCAGAAACUGUCAGUAUUAUUGCCAAAAGCCAGCAAGCUGGUUUGUGCAUAGAGCCACUUGUUUCACAUAGUCUGAGCAGAAAUGGGAAGGUGAAAGAUGAUUACAUGCCAGACACAGCUGAUGAGCAGAAUUGGACAGAUCUCCAGGGAUCUAGCUGUCUAAAAGAAGCCAAUAAUAAACACAUUGGGUGCCGGCAGAGUGUGUGUGGAAGCCACAGCAUUACAAAGCUUCACAAUAAGAUGUCAGGGACAAACUACACGCAAGAAUACAAAAGUGAAAAAUGUGAUAAAUGGGGACAACAAAUGAAAGACGGUGAGAAUCAGGGUUUAAAAAAUGUAGUUUCGGAUAGUACAAGUGUCAAAGAGGCAAUUGAUGAUUCCUGUGGAAAUGCCUCUGCCUGUAAUGUAGUGGAAAUAGCUGAGGGGAAAUGUGAACAAGCUAUCAAUUACUCACAGGCUUUAGUUGAAUUCACAGCUAAUAGAAAACUUUAUCCCAAUCUCGCUGAUAGUCUUGGGAGCUCUGAUUCGAAUUCUCAAUUCACACAGGAUAUACAUGCUCUUCCAGCGAUGGUAACGUUUGAUGUUGUUGAUGUUGAGAAUGAGGAGGAGUGUGACCAGCAAAGUGAAAUGGUCACUGAUGAGGAAAUUUCUGCAUCUUAUGAGGCCUUUGAUGACAGUUACAUGGAGAAAGAUCUUUAUCACCACUGCGAUGACAGAAUGUUUCAUAUAUGUGCCCAAAAUUCCUUCCUUGGCAAUUGCUGGGGUGCUGCCAGUCUUCCACGCCAUGUUAGCCUUUAUAAAUUAAGUCCGUCGUUGCCAGCUCCGUUAUCCCUUAACAGAAGAAGCAGGUCCCUUGACACAGACAGCUUGGAAUCUGAACUCAUUGAUUUGUAUCUGUCAAAGUUCACUGCAGCAUCAAAGAGUGCCCCACAGUCCCCUGAUGUUUUUCAGUAUGAACAGGACAGUAAGAAAGGAUCUGCUUCUCAUUGGUUUGGCAAAAGAAGUGGUCAUGCAGUUUCUUUGGAAACCCGGGAGACAGCCGACAUUUCAAAUUGCUUGGGGCGGCAGCUAGCUCAAUAUAAGGAAGAGCCUUUGUCUUCAGAUAAACGAAACACAGCAUUCAAAUCUUUCUGCCUUUUGGAUACAAUUUCAGGCACACAGCACACUGGCCUGGGUGGAGAUAUGAGUUUACACUGUAAAUCUAAUUCUGUUAUACUGACAGCUCAGAGCCAACCAACUUCUAAAAGGCAUCUGGAACCUGUCAUUAACAAUAAGAUGCCUCACAAUCCUAGAAAGUUGGUUAGACCCUCCCAUCUACCAUUGCAAAAUGACAGUUGUGAGAUGCAGGCAGGGACUGUUUCUUUUAGUUCUUCAAGAGAAAACACUAAUGGCAAGCAGGCAUAUGUUUCAUCUUCAUUAAAUGAAAGACAGGCGGAUGAUUUUUCCAAAACUGCACCCAUGAUUCCAUAUUCUGAUUCUGUCUCUGAACUUAAUGGUAAAGGAUGUAGGGCUGUAGGGCUAUCUCCAGCUUUAUCUCCAUUUUGCGCAAAUAAAGCAGAAAGUCUGAAACAUGCCAUGGAUCCAACUGGACUUUACACAACUGCCAACAGUAGCAUGUUUAAAGGGAGAAGUGACCUUGGAAUGAAACUUCCUGUUGGAUGGAAUAAAAACACUACAGUGGACAUGUAGCAUUUUAACAGUGUGAGGCAGGGAAGGUAGCUGGGGAUUGGAAAAUAUUUGCCUGAUGUGUGCUUUUUUUUUACAUUACUGAUUGUAAAGUCACAAAACAUUUUUCGUAUUCACCAAAGGCUUUGGAUAUUACUUUUUUUUAGAGAAAGGUAUUAGUGUAGCACUAUUUUUAAAAUGUGAAGUGCAUGUUUUUUUAACUAUCCGUAGAUGUGGUAAAGUGGUUUAUUAUAAGAAUUUCCACUACUUUGGUAUAAGAUACUGCUUCUAUACUGCCAAAGUAUAGGGAUUGUUGUGCUAAAAUAUACCAAAUGUGACUGUUACCAGCUUGGAAUUUUGCAUUACAGUGCAAGCUUGAUUUAUUUGUACUUCUAGUAUAUGUGUUCUCAAUUAUCUACAAGAAUUUCAUGGGUUCCGAGCAUGGUUUUGUAUAAACCAACUAAACUGUAAUUGAAUGCGAAGUUGAUUUUUCAUACAGAUUGGGUUCUCAAUCCGACAGAAUAAAUAGUAUGCAUUUCCUGUACUUGAUAGAUUUUAAUAUUAAUCCAUCUCCAUUUACCUCUGUUUGGAUCCUCUGUGUCAGGGCUACCAUCUUUCUCAAGAAUAUCUCCUUAAAAUAAAAGAACGUAGACACAAUUCACAUUCUUAAGAAUAUGGUCACUUAAAAUAAAUGGACCAAUCAGAAAUGUUAGAUUAGUUGUGUCAGAUGAAUCUGUUAUUUGAAGGAAGUCCCUCCGUUAUAACAUAAUUGCAGUUCCACUGUGAAGGGCUAUACAGAUUGGUGUCUAGAAAUAGUUGCUGUGGAGUAGUUUAACUGGUGUUUAAUCUUACUUAGUAAAUACUCUGGCAAGAAAUAUUGCUUGUAUAUCAGGAUUUGAAUAAACUCCUAGAUUAAAAACUCUUAAUUUGAAUUCCCUGAUAUCCUUGUCAGUGUACUUCCUAAUACAGUACUGAAUCUAUAAAUUUUAAGAUCCUCCAUUUGUUUGUCAAGUUACAUACAAACAUAAGAAUUAGAAGCAGGAGUAGUCCAUUUGGCCCCUCUAGCCUGCUCUGCCAUUCAAUAAGAUUGUGGCCUCAACUUUACAUUCCGCCUACCCCCAAUAACCUUUGACCUCCCAUUAGUCAAGAAUCUAUCUACCUCUGCCUUAAAAAUAUUCAUUGACCCUACCUCCACUGCUCUCGAAGAGAAAAAUAUUCUUCUCAUCAACGUCUUAAAUGGGAGACUCCUUUAUUUUUAAACUCAACCAGCUUUGGGGAGAGAAAGGAUGGAUAUUGCCAUGAGACGCUGUUUGAUUGUUAUCCAGUCAUUUCUGCUAGACAGCCUUUAUCUGUGAUGUCUCCUAGGGUUGAGCAAUACUCACAUCCAAUACUCACUACCUAGUCUUGCUAUGCAUAUUUACAUGGUUAAAGUAUUGGAGGGCUAUCAGCCACUGUGGAACCAUUCCUCAGCAAGACAGUUACAGACAACAAAUAUCUCUCCCACUUUAAUUGACAACUAGUUUUACAAUAACCAAAAUAAUUAUUCAUUCAAGAUAAAUGAACAGUAACAAGAAACACUUAACAGAAUAAUGGGAAAAAUACUACAAAAUCUAUAUAUUACAUAAAACUGGUUAGAGUUCUACAUUUGCUGCUAAAUGUUGUACGAUAUGGCUGUGCAGUGUUGUAAUUGGGAUUCGGGUGAAGUGUGACAGUAAAUCAAAAUGGGCCAUGAGAAAUAUACAAUUAAAAUUAUAGAUUUUUGUGCCCUUUCAAACUUGGGUUGUGCCUAGAGACUUUGAGUCACAUAACAUGAGGUCAGUACUGUAGUUAAACAAUUAAACAGAACCAAAACUUAACAUUUUCUUGUUAAGUUUUACUUUGUGGCUGAAGGUUGUAAUGCCAAGAGAUAGUAUAAGUUGGAAAUUCAGAGUGAAAUUUCAAUGUCCAAACUUGAUACAAACUGAUAAAUUUGUCUGUUUCUCUUGUUGCUGUUAAGUUUUUUUUUAAAAAAAAGUCUAGAAGGGCAAAAAAAUCAGCCUGGAUUCCUGCUGCACAUUGUUAUUUCAAAACUCAUGCUUGGUCCCCUUGUGUAUUUGGCUGUAGCUGCAACACCCUGCACGUUUGAAUAGCCUCCAGAACAGACAUUGCUGGUGCAUGACUAGUGCCUGUGGAAAUGUACCUGGCAUGUGACAUUGCUUUCAGCAGUGCAGGAGUUGCUGCAUCUUCCCCUCUUACGCCCCAAAAUUUUAUUAUUUAUCUUUACACCACAACUAAAAUGUUGAGUAAAAUGCAUUGAUAUUUUAAUGCAAACUGUUUACAGAACCAGCGUUGACUUGCUGUCACGGUCUUCAUUCUAAGUUUCUUCUCCCUUCCUAAAUAUGCAAACAAAUCCUGGUGUAUAGAUCUCAAUGCUGCUGCCCUCUAUUCCAUUCAAAAUUUGAAAUAGUUGCUGGGUUGAUGUGUGGACCUGAUGGAAAUUUCCCGUAGCACCACCUGUUCCAAUUACAGUGCCACCUGAAAUAUAUUUACACUUUCAUAACCGUGGAAAGUCAUGUUUUGCAUAAGAGUAGAAAUAGGGGCAAUUGAUUUUUCAGAGGUUCACUAUAAUUGCUACUACUUUUCUUCCUCUGGUGGUUUGAAUCCAAGAUUAUGGUACUUUGGCAGCAAAUCUCAGCACAAAUAAUAAAUCAUAGAAUGAUACAUCAUAGAAGGAGACAAUUUGGCCUAUUGUGCCUGUGCUAGUUCUUUGAAAGAGGUGUCUAAUUAGUUUCACUCCCCUGCUCAUUCCCUAUAGCCCUGAAAAUAGUAAAAUUCAUAAUAUGGCACACUGGACCAUAAUACUUCCCCCAACAACAAGUGCAUUAUAACCCAAGACAAACUUAACUGUUCCAUACAAGUAAACCAGUUGAAGUUUUAUAGUUCUCUAGAUUUCUUUAUCCAUAAAUUGGUAACAACUCAGUUUUUCUUUUUCACAUUCUUUUCCCAUCCCCAUCCACAUCUCUCCUUGGUUAUGGAUCUGCACCUUUUAUUCUUUUGAGUUGCUUUGCACUACAAAUGGAGUUUCACUAUAUCUAAGUUUUGUGGAACGGUUUGAAUAAGGACAGAACAACAUUUUUUAAAUAUGAUUUUUGACAGUGAGAAGGCAUUCUCUAGCAUAACUACCUGUAAAGGUUAAGAUUUAUAAUUUUUCCAGUAAUUAAUUCCUAAUGCUACAUCAUUAAACUAGAUUUCUGUGACCUCUGGUUUUUUAUGGAAAAGUCAUACGUAGUUAUAAAGAAUGAUCAAAUGACCUCAGAGAAUGACUUGUAUUUCAUAAGCAAAAUCUUAGCAUUAUUUUCUGUGAAACUAUUAACUCACUGAAAUUUGGUGGGACUAUUUUAAUACUUGUUUUGUACAUAAAUUGAUUAGCAUUUUGCUUUGCUGUACCAAAUAUUGGAAAUAUAAUAAGUGGAAUCUAAUUUGAUACUGGUGUGAAUUAUUAUAGUCAGAUUUUUGCAAAAAGAGAACCUUUUUUGUGUAUUUUGUAUUCAUUGAUAUGUUAUUAUUGGGAAAAAUUGAACUCUUCCUCUUCCAGGCACCCAUUAUAAGGAAUAUGCAUUCUUAAGUCAGGUAGAUGCAGCUUAAAGCUAUUGGUGGUACUUCCUGCAACACCAACCUCAGAAGAACAUCAUCUUAUUACGUUGGUGACAUUUUUCCUUUCCUGUCGCCCUGUGAGCUCUGACAUUACCAACUGAUGUUGAGUUAGUGCUAGAUUUUGCCUGUACUUGCAGACUGGACUGAGACCAGACAAAUUUUGUUUUUUGAAAGAUUCCUACAGCUAGCAGACAGAUGCUAAACUUGUCCUUGGACUAGUCUUUUAAACAAAAAAAAUCUUUGAUCAUCAUUUUUGGAAAUAUCUAACCAUACUGAGAAGACUGUUUCCUUUUUGACCUACAUUGGUUUUUUUUAUUUAGCAUUUUGAAACUUAUAUAAGUACUCCAAAUACUUAAAUGUUUUACAAAAUUGUGACGACCAUUUUUUCCAUUACUCUACCUGAUAAAUCUAGAAGUAUCAAACUUUGGGUGAGGGGGUGUUCUAAAUAGAUACUGAAGUGCAUGAAAAAGUCCUAAGCACAUGGAAGGACCCUGUCUCUACAUUUGAAUAUGAUGUUAACCCUGUUUUAAGCAGAAAAAAACUGGAAAUAUGGAACAGGUCUGUUAGCAACUAAAAAGUCAAUGGGCAAAGCUUCUGUACCAGUUCUGGUGAAAGAGUUUCAAUGCAAAUUGUUAAUCCACCCUUUCUCUUUUUAGAUGUGAUUGACCCUGUAUUUCCAACAUUUACCGUGUUUACAAAGCAUGCAUUUUCAAUUUUUUUUGAUACCAGCCUUUCUUGCAAAUUUGGGUAUAAUUUCAUAUUGCAUGCUUUCUGUUGUGCACGAUAUGUAUGUGCGUGUGUUCCAGCAUCAAAGGUCCAAGUGGUGUGUCUCUUGCGUGUAAUAAACGUACUGAGGUGCCUUAAGUAACAAUGGGGUUAGUUACAUCCAUAAAACUGUUACUGUUGCCAUCUUGGCCAACAUUGAACACUGCUGGCUGUCUCUUGUACUGCUUGCAUGUAUAACAUGUUCUAUGGUAACUAAACAUCAAGUGGUCAGUGUAGCUACUUUCAUUCAAAUGAUGCAGUGUACUUUUUGGUGUAGUGUGACCUGUUGUAAAUAUGUUGUACUGUACAUAAUGACCUUCAUAGAGCGUGGAAAUGCCUAUUAUGUGUUGUAAAUUGUAUUAAUAUCAUGCUGUUGUGCUCCAAAUAUUUAUGGCCAUUGUUAUUCUUCCAAUAUCAAGUGUCUCUAAUAAAUGAUUUACAUAAUAAUGUGUAAAAAGGAAAUAAAACUCAACAACGGAGCAAAAAAAA